UGAAAAAAUAACUCUUCCGGAAAAAAGUGAAACACUUUUCAAAGCUCGAGAGUUUCGACAGUUGGGUUUUUCCUUUUCUUUUUUAAGAACAACAUGACUGCGGUGAAACUGUCGGAAGGACACAUCUCGCUGGGUUCCAGUGGUACACUAUUUUAUAGACAAGCGGAGCCCAGCGACGGCAAAGCCAAACUGUCUGUCCUGUUGUUGCACGGAAUCCGGUUCUCCUCCGAGAACUGGCUUACCAUCGGCACGCUGGAGAUACUUGCCAAAGCCGGCUGCCGUGUCGUCGGUAUUGACCUCCCAGGGCUGGGCAAUUCCAAAGCGGCUGUGGCCCCUGCUGCUGUCGGGGAGUUGGCCCCCGGGGACUUCCUGAAGCAGGUGUUGGAGGCACUCCAGCUGGGCCCAGCUGUGGUGGUCAGCCCCUCACUCAGCGGCAUGUAUUCCCUGCCUUUCCUCUUUCAGAACAGCUCGCUGGUCAGGGCCUACAUCCCAGUGGCCCCCAUAUGCACUGAGAAGUUCACCCCUGAGCAGUACAGCAGUAUUCAGACUCCUACUUUGAUUGUCUAUGGAGACCAGGACACACAAUUGGGAGAGGUGUCAUUGAACAACCUGAAGAAUCUGGCCAAUCACAAUGUAAUGGUGAUGAAAGGGGCUGGCCACCCCUGUUACCUUGACAACCCUGCAGAGUGGCACAAGGCUGUGCUUGAGUUCUUGCAGACCUUGUGAUUAUGCUAAGCACAAUCAACAGGAUACAAGAUUCAUAAAAUUUAUGAGCUGUCACUACAUAAUUUAUGCUGAAAUUUCAGUACCUGCAUCACAUAAUUGUAGUAACACUUGGUUGCUUGCUUCUCAGAUUUCUAUAUGAUAUCAUAACUUUUCUUGUAGUAGGUGUAUCCCACCCUGAGCUCUCAUUUCAUUGUACCAAAUGAGUAUUGCACCUUAUCGAACCUGUGUUUUGUAGUUGUUCCAAUGACCUUUAUAUGCACUUUUGUACCUUGCUUUUUGUACACUUUUGUAUGUCGCUUUGGAUAAAAGAGUCUGCUAAAUAAAUGCAAUGUACUGCCAUUGUUCUUGAGGAAAUUAGCAAAUAACACAGGAAAAAUAUUAUCAUUUGAAAUUAUGAAAAAUUGAUUUAUCUUUUUUGUUUAUUGUGACUGACCCAAUAAUGGGUAGUUCUGAUAAAAAAGUGCAUGUGUCUAAAGUAAUUUCAUGUAAUAAAAUACAAAUUACACACUA